AUGGCGCCGAUCUUCGAGUACUUCGUCGUGUGCGGGCUGGGUCCCGAGAUUCGAACCCUGGAUGGGAACAAAGGUUACCAUGGAGUAGGCGUUCUGUACUUGCCGUCUCUGCUUGACCAGUACCCGCCGGAAAAUCAUACUCUAUACCCUCCGCCUCCACCCCAGCUCCCCACUUGUGUUUUGCCAGCCGGUGUGGAGAUCUUCUCGACUGGCUUUGAUGUAAACGAUCCUUCUAGUUCACCACGGAGCUAUCCUAUUGUUUUGACGGAGGGUGAUGGGUCUAAAAUUUAUGUUAGUUGCAUUGCUUUCCGGGAUCCAGUUAGUGAGGAUAUCGCUGAAGCAUACCGAAUACCUCCAAAUUCCUUUGCUGACAAAUGCAUUUGUCUUGUUUCACGGUCUCCUAGUUUUACUGUCAUUCGCAAUACCCUGGAGGAGUUGUUUGCCCUUUGCUUUUCCUCGGAUGGCAGUAGCAAGCCGUUGUGGGAUGUAAUUGCACAUUUGGUCUCCAAUGUACCAUUGCCUACUCCUGGGAGGGAUCGCGUCUUGUUUGCUAUCGAGAAUUGUCUGCUUUCUGUUGAUCCUCCACCAAAAAACGGUCUUCCUCAUGUUGAUAUAUCAUUUCAACCACUGGUCCAGUGCUUGGAUGUUGACAACUUAAUCGAGCUUUUUACAGCUGUCCUGCUUGAAAGGAGGAUUCUGCUUCGAUCCAAUAAAUAUUCACUGUUAACAAUAGUGUCAGAAGCUAUAUGCCAUUUGAUAUAUCCGUUUAGGUGGCAGCAUGUAUACAUCCCAUCACUUUUUUUCAGCGGAGUAGACUAUAUUGAUGCUCCUACGCCAUACAUGAUGGGUCUUCACUCAGGUGUUGAUACAUCCUACCUUGUGAUGGACGGUGUGGUGGUUGUGGACCUUGAGUAUAAUCGAAUAAGCACAUCAGAGGAAAUACCUCCUAUUCCAGAGCCGGAAUUCAGUUCUUUGCGCAUGGAUAUACUGAAGUUGUUGCAUCCGAAAGUUGUGGGAAUAGAUCAGAUUAAGACUAGCCCAGCUGCUUCGUCGGAACAGUGGUCUAUUCCCUGCAACCAGCCUUGGGGAGAGGAACAAGACCUUCAACUUAGGCUUAUAUUUCUCAGGUUCUUUGCUUCAAUCUUAGGUGGCUACCGCAAUUUCAUUGAAGAUAGUGCAGCUCAGGCCUUCAACAAUCAGGCUUUUUUAAAGAAGCGCUCUAGGUCGACGCAUCAACCUCCAGAUGCGAUGGUAUCCCAGUUUUUGGAUACACAUGGCUUCCUGGAUUUUCUUGAAAGAGCUGGAAGCCUCGAGGAAAGUGACAGUAAUCUCCUAGACAAGUUACAGGAUGCUAUUGGGAGGGGUCAAAAUCCCAUGUCAAUUCUCCCCUCAUCUUCUACGGAGCCUGAAAUUGUUACCAUAUCAGAUCCAAAUGGGGGUGUAUCAAGAUCAGGUGCUAAAUAUAUUUAUGACAGGUUUCCUUCUAACAUUAGAACAGAAGAGCAGGAGGAGAAGAGGAAACAGAUCCUCGCUGCAGCAAGUGGAGCUUUUGAGUACAUUAAAAAUGCUCCCAGCUCACCAUCUGUUCAAGUGGGGAAGGAAGCUCUUAGUCCGAUGGAGAGGGCCGCGGAGAGAGAACGCAUGGUCCUCGACAUCAAAGUUAAACUGCAGGGCUUAUGGCUACGUCUUCUGAAACUGGGUGCCACUGAUGAUCCUCUUUCCUCAUUUGAGUAUGGCACAAUCCUUGCAUUGAUCGAGUCUGAUGCUGAGGGAAUUGGUGGUAGUGGGUUUGUUGAGUGCAUAAGCGAGCAUAUACAUACUGGCUGGCAGUGUCAAUUGACUGAUGAGCAGUUCAUUGCAGUUAAAGAAUUGCUUAAAACAGCGAUUAUCCUUGCAACAUCACGCAAUGAUAUGUCAACCGUUAGAGAUGCUUUGGAGGUAUCAGCUGAGAUGUAUAGGAAAGACAACAACAAUGUACCUGACUUUGUCCAACGGCAUCUAAUGUCAUUGUCCAUAUGGGAAGAGCUACGGUUCUGGGAAGGAUUCUUUGACUAUCUGAUGGAGCGUUCCUCUGACAAGUCUGCCAACUAUGCUGCUCAAGUGACAUCACAGCUGAUCCUCGUGGCUUCACACAUGGCUGGUUUAGGAAUUUCUGAUACUGAUGCUUGGUACAUGAUAGAAACGAUCUCAGAGAAGAAUAACAUUGGAUACAAGCAGCUUAUUCAACUCCGUGGAUUUUUAACACAUAUACAACAACUUCGUGUUGGUUAUUGGGGAGUCUCGUCUGUAAAGGCCCCAUCCAUUUCAUCUAUGGGAUUGUCUUCUCCUCGCCCAAAAGAUGGCACAGAUGAAAAUCAACAACCUGCUGAGGCUUCUGUUGUUGGAAGGAGCUGGGUUCAAAGCAUGUUUAGUAGAGAUUCUUCAAGAGUAAACUCUUUCGCUCGUGUCCGUAAAUGGACUUCUGAUGGUGCUUCAGAUUCUUCUGCUGCUGGCCAAAAGAAACUGCAAACAAAUGUUCGAGUACUUAGAGGCCACAAUGGUGCCGUAACUGCUUUGCACUGUGUGACAAGAAGAGAGGUCUGGGAUUUAGUGGGGGAUCGUGAAGAUGCUGGUUUCUUCAUCAGUGGAAGCACUGACUGCAUGGUUAAGAUCUGGGAUCCUAGCAUUCGUGGUUCUGAACUUCGGGCAACUUUGGAAGGGCACAAAAGAACUGUGCGCGCAAUAAGUUCUGACAGAGGGAAGGUGGUAUCAGGAUCCGAUGACCAGACUGUUAUUGUGUGGGAUAAGCAAACAACCCAGCUUCUGGAAGAAUUAAAGGGUCAUGAAGCUCAGGUCAGCUGUGUCCGCAUGCUGUCAGGUGAGAGAGUCCUCACUGCUGCUCAUGAUGGGACUGUUAAGAUGUGGGAUGUUCGAACGGACACCUGUGUAGCAACGGUUGGUCGUUGCUCUAGUGCUGUCCUUUGCAUGGAAUAUGAUGAUUCCACUGGGAUUCUCGCUGCUGCUGGCAGAGAUGCUGUUGCAAAUGUCUGGGACAUCCGAGCUGGAAAGCAAAUGCAUAAGCUCUCAGGGCACACUAAAUGGAUUCGGUCUGUUAGAAUGGUUGGAGACACGCUGAUAACAGGUAGUGAUGAUUGGACUGCUAGAGUGUGGUCUGUCUCACGAGGAACAUGUGAUGCUGUCCUAGCCUGUCAUGCUGGGCCAAUCUUAUGUGUGGAGUAUUCUGCAGCUGAUAGAGGAAUUAUAACAGGUUCAACUGAUGGGCUACUUCGAUUUUGGGAACAUGAUGAAGGAGGCGUAAAAUGCUUGAGAAAUGACACGAUUCAUAGUGCUUCCAUAUUGUCUAUCAACGCUGGGGAACACUGGCUUGGAGUUGGAGCCGCUGACAAUUCAAUGUCUCUCUUCAAUCGCCCUCAAGAUCGACUUGGUGGCGUGGCUAGCUCAGGGUCAAAAUUGCCUGGUUGGCAGCUCUACCGGACACCGCAAAAGAUGGUUGCUAUGGUGCGAUGUGUGGCUUCGGACCUUGAACGGAAGAGGAUAUGUAGUGGCGGUCGGAAUGGAGUUCUGAGGCUAUGGGAAGCAACCAUCAACAUAUGA